AUGCGCGAAAUCAUCAGCCUUCGACAGGAGGUCCAAGUGCUCAGGAACGGAGGAGGCAACGGACAAGUCAGGGACAUCGGAGAAGCAGUCAAACCAAAACAGCCAGGACCAUUCGACGGUACUCAUGGCACGCUUCGAGACUUUCUCACCCAACUCAAAGCCUACCACCGAUUCUAUCCGACCAAGCUCUCGGACCCAGUCGAAAGGUUUCAAGGAUUCGAAGAAGCCAUUACGAAGGUAUUCGGAACAACCGACGAGGAACGAGAGGCCGAACAGAAACUUCGAGAACUCCGACAAAGGAUCUCAGCAUCGGAUUAUGCUGCGAAGUUCCGUCAAGUCACCUCAAAGCUUGAUUGGGACGACGAACCUCUUAUGUCACGAUUCUACGACGGGCUGAAAGAAGAAGUCAGGACGAGCUCUACAAGGAAAAUCGACCUGACAACCUCUCGGACUACAUUGCUAUGGCAGUACGAAUCGACGACAGACAGUAUGCGCGACGCCAAGAAAGAAACAAGGAAGAGGAAACUGGAACCCUUCCUAUGGGAACAACUUUAA